GAGGAUCUGAGAAAGAGGCAGGCUGGAGAAGCUUCUCAACAAGGCAAACAGCAGUGCUCUGUGAAAACGACUUUAUCGACCCGUGUUCAACAUCAACCCGGGGCCGACGAGCGACGUUGAAAUCUCCCCGAGUCGCUACUUAAAUGUUCCUAUGGAUUACUAGCACGCUUUCGUCGAAAAACAGACACGUUUCUCAACUUGACAACGCAGCCUCAGAUCCGCCACACUGGUCACCUAGAGGACUCGUAGGGAGAUGAAGACUCUGGAGGAGCCGCCUUACUUGACAGUAGGGACUGAUGUGAGUGCCAAGUACCGAGGGGCUUUUUGCGAGGCCAAGAUUAAGACGGCCAAACGUCUCGUCAAGGCUAAGGUGACCUUUAAAUCAGAUCUGUCCACAGCUGAGGUCAACGAUGAAAGCAUCAAAGGACCUCUAAAGGUGGGUGCUAUUGUAGAAGUGAAGAACCAGGAUGGAGUUCACCAGGAGGCCACAAUCAUUAAGCUGACCGACGCAAGUAUUUACACAGUUGUGUUUGACGAUGGUGACGAGAAGACCUUAAGGCGUUCCUCCCUCUGCCUUAAAGGAGCCCGUCACUUUGCAGAGAGCGAGACGCUUGACAGACUCCCUCUCACCAAUCCUGAGCACUUCGGCACACCAGUCAUCGGCAAAAAGGGUAACAGGGGCCGACGUUCCAACCCAAUCCAAGAGGAAGACUUGUCAUCAUCCUCCAGUGAAGAAGAGGAGAGUGAUCAACGACAGAAUGAAGAUCUGUUUGGCAAAGUGGUCUGUGUGGAAGGAGUGGCCAUGGGGGAUAAAAAGAAAACCACGUGGUAUCCUGCACUGGUCACCUCCUCCGACUGCCACGAUGACAUCACAAUGAAGAAGGAAAGCUUAUUCGUCCGCUCUUUCAAAGACGGAAAAUUUUACAUGGUGCUACGGAAGGAUGUUCGAGAAAUCGACACAGAUUGUCCCCCUAAAGCAGAUGCAGGGCUGAAGCCAGCGCUGGAUGCAGCCUUGGAGUUCCAGCAGCAGUUGGUCAUUCCCAGCACCUGGAAGACUGAAGUGAAAGAGGAAAGCUCAGGCAGUGAGGUGGAUGAUGAUGAUGAAGAGGAGGAACAAGAAGAAGAUGCCAGUGGGGAAGAAGAAGAGGAGGAAGUGGAGCCAUAUCCCGAAGAGAGGGACAACUUUCUUCAGCAGCUCUACAAGUUCAUGGAAGACAGAAGAACACCCAUCAACAAGCGGCCAGUUCUGGGUUACCGGAAUCUCAACCUGUUCAAGCUCUAUAGGCUAGUGAACAAGCUGGGAGGCUUUGACAAUAUUGAAAGUGGCGCCGUUUGGAAGCAAAUCUACCAGAAUCUCGGAAUCCCUGUGCUCAAUUCAGCUGCUGGCUACAAUGUCAAAUGCGCUUACCGCAAGUACCUAUACGGCUUUGAAGAAUACUGCACUUCCACUGCCAUCACAUUCAAGAUGGACCUCCCUUUGAAGCAGGCCCCCAAGGGAGAGGUGGUGUCUGUGGGUGAGGGAGGAAACACAACCACCACAUAUACCAGCCAAGAAGAGCAGAAAGACCAUGGGAAUGGAAAGCCAAUCAGCACACAAACUGUAGUCUGCAAGGAGGAUAAACCUGAAUUGGAUCUAAACAAAAGUGACUGCGGUACUUCAAAAGCUGAGGAAAAGGACAGUAAUGGAAACAACAACAACGAUGAGGAGGAGGAGGAGGAGGAGGAGGGGGAAGAGGAGGAAGACAAUAGCCCCCACACAGGCAAUAGCCCCCACACAGGAGACGCAGAUGAAGGCUCUUCAACAUCUCACCUCAGAGCCGAGAGCAUGAAACAGGAGCAUGAUGAGGACCGGGAGAGCAAGGACAACUCUGGGGAUGACAACAGUCAGGAGGGGGAGGAAGGGGAAGAGUUUGAGUGUUACCCCCCGGGGAUGAAGGUGCAGGUGAGGUAUGGGCGAGGCCGCAGUCUGAAGACGUACGAGGCCACUGUGAAAGAGGCAGACGUGGAGGGGGGAGAGGUGCUCUACCUGGUGCACUACUGUGGCUGGAACAUCAGAUAUGAUGAAUGGAUCAAAGCAGACAAGAUUGUUCGCCCAGCCAAUAAGAAUGUACCAAAAAUAAAGCACCGUAAAAAAAUAAAGAACAAAGCUGAGCGGGAGCGAGACCGGUUGGAGAGGCUCAAUGACAGAGAAGUCCUCGGUCCUUCACCCAACAAUAAUCGUGUCCCUCGCUCAAAGUGUGACCUUAGUCAGGAUGUCUUUUCCAAGCUGGAUCAGGGUAAGGACCAAGGGAAUCAGCAGCAAUCUCCUGCCAACUCGAUAGAGAUUACAUCCAUCCUCAACGGUCUGCAAGCCUCUGAAUUGUCCUCAGACGAAAGUGACAAUGAGGGUAAUGGAGAGCGUAAUAUACAAGACCGCGCUGCUUGCAGAGACGUAAAGCUUCAGAAAUCCUCAGAACGGAGUGCGAGUGGUACGCCACCGAAUGAAUCCAAACUUUGUGCAGUCUCAGGAAAGAACCAGGAGAUAAUCAGCGGGGAAGUAGGGAAGCGUAAACUGGAUUUGAUUGGGGAGGGAGGCACCAGGAAGAGGAAAUCUGAAGGGGCAGCAGAGAGGACUCCGAAAAACCAGUUCAAAGCAAAAAGGGCCACAAGGAGUGCAGACUGGUUGCCUGCAGGCUCUUCCAGGAAGUUGGAUGAGAGGAGUGCUGGUCCCAUGGAAGAGAGAGGAGCCUCAUCCAGCAGCAGUUCAGAUGACGAAGGAGCAGCACGUUCUGGUUCCCAGGCUGAGUGCAGUGAACGAGGCCACCCAAAAACCAAAGGUUCCCCUUCCAAGAAGUACAAUGGGACAAAGGAGAAGAGCAAAUCCAGCAGACAAGCAGGGUUUUGGGACAUUCCUGAAAAGAGAGCCAAGCUGUCUGGGAAUGGAGAGGAUAAGCCGGCUGUGCGGUCUAAAGGCCAAAAAGACGUGUGGUCCAGCAUUCAAGCGCAGUGGCCAAAGAAGACUCUUAAAGAGUUAUUCUCUGAUUCAGACACAGAGGCUGCUAAUUCUCCUCCUCCACCUGUACCCUCCAGCCUGGAAGAUACAAGCGUUGAGCAGGAAGCAGGACCUGAGGACGAUGCCUCGGAAGAGCACAUGGAUAAUAACAAACUGCCAGAGUUCCCCAGCAGUGGCAGUAACUCGGUACUCAACACACCACCCACCACACCAGAGUCCCCCUCAGGUAGAGGCAGUGCUUUGGAAGACUCAGGCCAAGCACCCCCGCCUUCCCCACCGGCACCACCCACACCCCCUGGUCCGCUUCCAGUGUCAGCUUCUGCAAGUGUCCUGCCUGGGCUGGUACAGGAGGAAGUGGCAUGCCGGCGCAGCGAGAGUGACAGUAGCACAGUAGAAGUGGAGAGUCUGAGUGGGGAGCUGCCAGACCUUCCUCAAGUUGGAGGGGCAGGCUCCCCACCAAAAGUGUUUGACGCCCCGCUCUUGUCCAACAGCAGCAGCAACUGCAGCCUGGAGAUGAGCAGCAGCAGCCAGCAUGAGAGCGAGCAGAAGUCCAAAGCAUCUGUGAGUCAGAAACGGCAGAAAGAAUCACAGACAUGCGGAGUAUCAAAGAAACACAAGCCAAACCGCAAGAGCCUUGGUGUGCCUCCCAAAAAGAAUAGGAAAACAGGCAACAGCAGUGAUAGUGAAGACCAGUCUUUUGUGGAAGGCUCUGCCAAACCAGCCGCCACCAAAAAUGACACAUCGGACAUCAAGGUUGCAGUUUCGCCGAAGUGUCGCGGCCGAUCUCCCCCGUCAAGCCAUAAGUACCACAAGCAGGGUGACGCCGAGCACUCGCAGCACCGGGAACACCAUGGAAGAUCGCCACGGGUUUACAAGUGGAGCUUCCAGAUGUCUGACCUGGAGAAAAUGAGCAGUCUGGAGAGGAUCUCAUUCCUUCAGGAUAAGCUUCAGGACAUCAGGAACCACUAUCUCUCCCUCAAGUCUGAGGUUGCCUCCAUCGACAGACGGCGAAAGCGCAUGAAGAAAAAGGAACUGGAAAGCACUGUGGCCGCAUCCUCUUCAUCAUCCUCCUCUUCACCGUCCUCAAGCUCACUGACAGCAGCAGUCAUGUUGACGCUGGCUGACCAACCAGUGUCUUCAUCCUCCUCCUCCUCCUCCUCACAGAACUCUGGGGUAUCGGUGGAGUGCAGGUGACAGGAUGUAGCAGCUAGGAGCCGCCACAAUAAGCACUUAACCAGCACCCUGGGGCCACUGCCCCCAUAUCCUUUCCACAGGAUGGACAAGUCAAGCCACAGACUGUAACGACUGGGGCACAACACCAGAUCAGACACACACAAAAAACAAAACAAGAAACAAGCACUAUUUUGUAAUGACAACUGUUUUCUUGGCAAGCUAAUGGCACUUAAGUGCACUUUUAUGAUGAUUGCGUAGGGAGGUGGAAUUUGUCUACAAAGAUCCACAAUUGUUUUUUGUGCUCUGCUUAAUUCUAAUUGAACAUUUAUAAGAAAACAUUUUUGCAAGCAAUAACUGUUUCCAUUUGAUAAGAAAUGCAUUGGUAAGGGGUGUUUUCCAUUCGACUCCCUCCUGUGCUCUGUCCUCGUAGCUCAACAUGGCGCUCGCUGCCUGAGCUCACUGUUUAAUUGAGGAAUUCAGAUGAACAUUGCCACAUUGGCAGUAAGGGCAAACUAAAUGUUUAACUUAAGCAUGUUCCCUGUUCAUCACCAUCAUAAAAAAGGCCUUCUUGUGGCUAAAACUUAAUUGAAAAUGUUCAUAUCUUCCAUAGGCAUGCACAUGUUUGCAUUGAGUCUUGGAAGGUCACUGGUAGUCACAGUGGAUGGAUUAUGGUAUGUUACUGUAGUGCCUUUUAGUUCUUUUCCAUGUGGCACUUGGAGGAAGGACAGAACUUUUUCUGCUCCUCCUCUCAAAUCAGAGGGUUGCCUGAAAUUAUAUCCCUUACGAAAGACUUAAGAAUGCGGUGUGAGUGAGUGAAGCUCUGUGUAUGUAAGGACAGUGAAUGAUGGAUAGUGAUGGCUUUUAUCAGAAUAUGGUAAUAUUUAAAUGUAGAACUAUACUGGAUCACCUGUAAUCUACUACUGAAUACUUAUCCAGCUUGGGUAUAAACCGUGCAAUGAUGAUGAACGCAAUGGUCACAUUACUUCACUUCAUCUGCCUUUUUUCCUUUUUGUCUCCAUUUUUAACGAGUUGUCAGUCUUUUUGUCUUUGACUGAAGACUUGAUGCAUGUCUCCAACUGGAUCAUUGACUUGAAAACAGCCAUAAGAGGUAUUCACAGCCUAAAUGAAGCUGAAUCCCACGUGUAGUGUUCCGAACAGCGUGAAGUUAAUUAAUUUCAAUGUGCUUUGUUUUUAUUAAGUUUUCAUAGCGUCCCCUUUACUAUCAUUCAUAUAUCAUAUCCACUGUCACACUCCUUCUCAUACUCACCCUUACCAAAAACAUUUUUUCAUGUACUAUGACCAGAAUAAAGGUAAAGAUAUUGUAAAUGUGCAUUUAUAUUAUACAGUGAUGUAUAUGGAUACAUUUUCUCCAGUGUUUCCUUUGUAUAGAUCCUUACUCAAUGAUAACCUGAAGUUACAUUUUGUUUAGCACCUGUAUGUAAUAGUUUGCUUUUGUUAUAGAUUUGUAUAUUGGGAGGUGUUUUGAGUCAAGCUAUUUAAUAUCUUGCACUGUUAAUAAUGUACUUUUCUGUACAGACAGUUUUAUGGUUUUAACUGUUGUUUGUGUAAAUAUUGACAGUCACAGCAUGUUUGUUCUCAUCCAUUGUCCCCACACACUGCCUUGAAAAAGUUCAUACCCCUUGAACAUUUUCACAUUUUGUGACCUUUCAAUCACAAACCUGCAUGUAUUUUGUUGAGAUUUUAUGUGAUAGACUAACACAAAGUAGCACAUAAUUGGGAAGUGGAACGAAAAUUAUAAACGGUUUUCAAAAUUUCUUUGCGAAAAUCAAUCUGAACAUUGUGGUGUAUAUUUGUAUUCAGCACCCUGUACUAAAACCCCCUAAAUGCAAUCCAGUGCAAUCAAUUCUCUUUAGAAAUCCCCAAAGUAGUAAAUAAGAGUCCACCUGUGUGUAAUUUACUCUCAGUAUAAAUACACUUUGAAGGCCUCAGCGGUUUGUUAGAGAACACUAGUGAACAACAGCAUCAUGAAGACCAAGGAACUGACCAGACAGGUCAGAGAUGAAGUUGUGGAGAAGUUUAAAUCAGGGUUAUGUUAUUAAAAAAAAAAAAAAAAAAAAAAAGAACAUGUCAGAGAGCAUUGUUUAAUCCAUCAUCCAAAAAUGGAAAAAGUAUGUAUGGCAUAACUGUAAACCUAUAAAGACAUGACCAUCCACCUAAACUGACAGCCUGAGCGAGGAGAGCACUGGUCACAGGUCAAUGGUCACUCCAGAGGAGCUGCUGAAAUCCACUACUCAGCUGGAAGAAUGUGUCCACAGGACAACGAGAAGCUGCGCGUGCUACAAAUGUGGCUUUUAUGGAAGAGCGGCAAGAAGGAAGCCAUUGUUGAAAGAAAAGGCAUAAAAAGUCCCGUUUGCAGUUUGCUGCAAGCCAUGUAAGGGACACUGCAAACGUGGAAGAAUGUGCUCUUGUCAAAUGAGACCAACGUGGAAUUUUUUGGCCUAAAUGCAAAGCGCUAUUUGUGACAGAAAAAACUGACACUGCUCAUCACCCUGAACACACCAUCCCGACUGUGACAGGUGGUGGCAAAAUCAUGCUGUGGGUAUGAUUUUCUUUAGCACGGACAGGGAAGCUAGUCAGAGUUUAUGGGAAGAUGGAUGACGCUAAAUACAGGACAAUACUGGAAGAAAACCUGUUGGAGGCUGAAAAAGACUGACUGAGAAGGGGAUUCGUCUUCUCGCAAGACAAUGGCCCUAAACCUAAAGCCAGAGCUACAAUGGAAUGGGUUAGAUCAAGGAAUAUUCAUGUGUUAAAAUGGUCCAGGCCUAAAUCCCAUUGAGCGUCUGUGGCAAGACUUGGAAAUGUCUCCAUCCAAUCUGGCUGAGUUGGAGCUAAUUUGCAAAGAAGAAUGGGCACAAAUUUCAGUGACUAGAUGUGCAAAGCUGGCAGAGACAUACCCCAACAGACUUGCAGCUGCAAUUGCAGUGAAAGGUGGCUCUACAAAGUAUUGACGCAGGGGGGGCUGAAUAAAAUGCACACCACAUUUUUCACAUUUGUAUUUGCUUAAAAUUUUGAAAACGAUUGCAUGAUUUCUCUUUCACGUUACAAUUAUGUGAUACGAAACACACCACACCACGAAAAUAUUUACCUUUGUGGCUGUAAGGUGGCAAAAUGUAAACAAAGAUCAAGGGGUAUGAAUACUUUUUCAAGGCACUGUACGUUUUCUCGUGAUGAGAUUUUUUUGUAGUUUGUCUAUUUUCUUCUGACUGUUGUUCAUUUGAAUUGUUUCUUCGUAUAUUGUUUUCCUAUUUUAUUUUUUUUCACGUACUUUGUAUUCAAUUUUGCUUUCAUUAGUUUGUGCUUGUAAGAGAAGAAUGCUGGUUUUGAAUGAGGCUUACCUAUUUUCCAAACUGCAUGGAAAAUGGUUCGGGUCAUAGACUACGAUAAAGGAGCUUGUUGAAAUAGUAUUUAUUAGGCUCAUUCAAUGACGGUCAUUAUGUAAUUUAUUGUAAAAAUGCAAAGCAAAACCCUCUGUUUGAAAUAAAUGCCAUAGUUUGUGAAGUA